ACUUCCCCAAUCUCCAGGAGCCAUUUUAACAGCAUAAAACUGUUGGAUUUCAUUUGCCUUCUAGCCUCUGGGACCCCAGCAGCAGAUUCCCAAGUCAUUAAGGGGUGGAGUCAGACCAGUGAAGAGAACCACUGAGAAGAGGAUUUCCCUAGUUUGUUUGAAUUGCAGCAGAGACAAACGAAGAAAAUUUGAAAAUUUGAAGGCUAGGAAUUUGCCAACUGAAUUGGCUUUCCCUCUUCAGUUUUACAUUCGGCUUGGGCACUGGAUUCUCUUUCCUGUGGUUUAAACCUGGCUGGAUUUUAUCUCAUGCAGCUCUGAGAGAAGGGAAUGCUUUAUUAUGGCUGCUGUCGUACAACAGAACGAGCUGGUUUUCGAAUUUGCCAGUAACGUCAUGGAAGAUGAGCAGCAGCUUGGUGAUCCUGCUAUUUUCCCAGCUGUGAUUGUGGAGCAUGUCCCCAGUGCAGAUCUCCUCAAUGGAUAUGCCGGUUUAGCCUGUGUCGAUGAGCCGAAUGACAUGAUUACCGAGAGUUCACUGGAUGUCGCUGAAGAGGAAAUCAUAGAAGACGACGACGACAUCACCCUUACAGUUGAAGCUUCCUGCCAUAAUGGAGAUGAAACUAUUCAAACUAUUGAAGCUGCCGAGGCACUCCUCAACAUGGACUCCCCAGGUCCUAUGCUGGAUGAAAAAAGAAUAACAAAUAUAUUUAGCUCCUCUGAAGAUGAGGUUGUUGUUGCCCCUGUUACACACGUGUCAGUCACAUUAGAUGGGAUACCCGAAGUCAUGGAGGUCCAUCAAGCCCAAGAGCCUUAUGAAGAAUCGCUGGACACCCCUCCCCCAGAGCAGCCUAGGAGGAAAAAAGGUAGGAAAACCAAACCUCCUCGGCCAGAAUCUCCCACAACCACGCCGAACAUAUCUGUAAAAAAGAAAAACAAAGAUGGGAAGGGAAACACAAUUUAUCUCUGGGAAUUCUUAUUAGCACUGCUGCAGGACAAGGCUACGUGUCCCAAGUACAUUAAAUGGACUCAGCGAGAGAAAGGCAUUUUUAAACUGGUGGAUUCGAAGGCCGUGUCCAGGUUGUGGGGGAAGCACAAAAACAAACCUGAUAUGAAUUAUGAAACUAUGGGCAGAGCGCUCAGGUACUAUUAUCAAAGAGGCAUCCUGGCUAAAGUGGAAGGCCAGCGCUUAGUCUAUCAAUUUAAGGAAAUGCCAAAAGACCUGAUCUACAUAGAUGACGAGGACCCGAGUUCCAGCAUAGAGUCUUCCGAUCCCUCGCUAUUGUCCUCAGCCACGGUUUCCAGUAGAAACCAGUCGACCAGAUCCAGGGUGUCGUCCAACACAGUGAUGAAAGGAGCAGCCACUACAGUUCUCAAAGCACCGGGAAAUUCCAAAGCUACCAAAUUGAAAGAGGCUGGUGAAGUUUCCCAGCCACACCUACCUGGCGUGGCACCAGAAGUUUUGAGGACAAUGCAGUCACCUCAGUCGGUCUAUCCAACUCAGCUUUUUCGGACAGUUCAUGUCGUGCAGCCAGUUCAAGCUGUCACAGAAGGACAUGCCGCUGAGACCGGUAAUAUGCAGGAUGAAACAUUAAAUUCCUCCAUCCAGAACAUGAGGUCUCUACCGGCCCCAGCCCAAGUUCCGGUGGUGGUAUCCCCCGGGAACCAGCAACUGCAUGCGGUCACACUCCAAACAGUGCCUCUUACUACAGUCAUAGCCAGCACGGAUCCAACCUCAGGAACAGGAUCUCAGAAAUUUAUUCUCCAAGCCAUUCCAUCAUCCCAGCCCGUGACUGUACUGAAAGAAAAUGUCCUGCUGCAGUCUCAGAAGCCUGGCUCGCCUCCGUCCUCCAUUGUCUUCAGCCCUGCCCAUGUCCAGCAGGUUCUGAGCAGCAACGUUCAAACCAUUUGCAAUGGAACGGUCAAUAUGGUUUCAUCUCCGUCGUUCAACGCGACUGCCCCAGUAGUGACCUUUUCUCCGGGCGGUUCGCAACUGGUAGCUCAUCCACCCGGCACGGUGAUCACGUCAGUAAUCAAAGCCCAGGAAACCAAACAGACUGUGAUUCAGGGGGUGGUGAAACAGGAAGGAGAAGAGAUCGCGGCAGAAGAGGCAGAAAAGACCGAGCGGCCAGAGCGGAACGUGCAGCAGCAGCCGUUUGUGAUGGUGGUGUCCAGUUCCAAUGGCUUCCAGUCUCAUGUGGCUGCCAUGAAGCCAGAGAGUGAACAGUUGGAACCCGGUUCUUAUUAAUGUACCAGAUUUCAGGGGGUGAUUUUCUUUUCAUAAAUGUGAUUUGUAUUAAAGGAUUCGAUUUAAAGCAUUACGAGGCUCCAGAAUUUGGGCAGUAGUUAGGAACUCCUAACUUAGCUGUGGUCUGGGUUUUCGGUCCAUUGUUAAAUGUUAUUACUAGGUGCAAGAAGAAAACAUUCCAAGAACGUGUUUUGGAACUCAAGCGUGAAGGAACGUGCUUAUUAUGCUAUGAAGACAGUCUUUGGAAAACUUUGUCCGAUCCUACUUUGUGCAUUUUAUUUGUAUUUCCAUGUUAGUUUUGCAGAAUAGAAAGAAGCCGUUUUGUUCAUUCAUACGGUAUAUGUAAGGCCACAGUGAGUUUAUCUAGGAUUUUUGCAUUCCAUUUAUAUGAACCAAGAAACUGAUUUUGUGCUUUUUGUCUUCAGGUGAUAUGACUUGUCUGGUGUAAUGCACCAAGACCUCCAGUCGGUUACAGUGUGGGUGCCACUAAUUAUGGCUUUGGAAAUUUUAAAAAAA